CAACUUCUCUUUCUCGAAAAUUUACGGCGUUUCAGUUUUAUGACAGCGUUUCGAGUUUCUAGCGUUUCGAGUUGCCUUGUUCUGUAACUGACUAUGGUUAUUCAUUACUCAUUAGCAGUAGUAACAAACGACCUCCACCUCGAGGCUGCAGCUCCCCCGCUUCCCACGUUGUUUCUUCACAUGCUCCAUUCUACCAAUACCGAUUUUCCACUAGCCAAGUUCUCCACCAGUUACGUAGAAAGCCGAAAGCAUACCUCGGAUUGAUGAAUUCCCCCCAUUUUUACUCAAGAUCCCCUUUGCGGGAGAUCUGAAAUUGCUAGCAGAACCCCGCAAUUUCCACGCUAGCUAGCUCCUUUCUUCCUCUAUAUAACUCCUCCUAGCAUCGUCGUCUUCAACAACCCAAUCCGGCAAUCCCUCCUCCGCUACUACCCCACAGAGGCAUUUCGUCGAACAGGUUUCCUGCCCCUGCAAAUGGCGCCGCCUUCGCCCAGCCAUGUAGCCCCGCUGCUGAAAGACGAGCUGGACAUCGUCAUCCCCACGAUCAGGAACCUGGACUUCCUCGAGAUGUGGAGGCCGUUCCUGCAGCCGUACCACCUCAUCAUUGUCCAGGACGGCGAUCCUUCAAAGACCAUCAGGGUCCCCGAGGGAUUCGACUACGAGCUCUACAACCGCAACGACAUCAACAAGAUCCUCGGCCCCAAGGCCAGCUGUAUCUCCUUCAAGGACUCCGCCUGCCGCUGCUUUGGCUUCCUGGUCUCCAAGAAGAAGUACAUCUUCACCAUUGACGAUGACUGCUUCGUGGCGAAGGAUCCGAGUGGGGAAGAGAUAAAUGCUUUGGCGCAGCACAUCAAGAAUCUGUUGACGCCAUCAACCCCCCAUUUCUUCAAUACCCUUUACGAUCCUUACAGGGAAGGUGCUGACUUUGUGAGAGGUUACCCUUUCAGCUUGAGGGAAGGAGUCCCCACUGCCAUCUCUCACGGCCUCUGGCUCAACAUCCCUGACUAUGAUGCUCCUACCCAGCUUGUCAAGCCUCUUGAGCGCAACUCCAGGUAUGUGGAUGCUGUGAUGACGAUCCCAAAAGGCACCCUCUUCCCAAUGUGUGGAAUGAACCUUGCAUUUGACAGAGAGCUGAUCGGCCCUGCUUUGUAUUUUGGACUCAUGGGCGAUGGUCAACCCAUUGGUCGAUACGAUGAUAUGUGGGCUGGCUGGUGUGCCAAGGUGAUUGCUGACCAUCUGGGUCUGGGAGUAAAGACGGGCUUGCCAUACAUAUGGCACAGCAAGGCAAGCAACCCAUUUGUGAAUCUGAAGAAGGAAUACAAGGGGAUAUACUGGCAGGAAGAGAUCAUUCCAUUCUUCCAAUCUGCUGCACUUCCGAAAGAAUCCAAGACCGUUCAGCAGUGCUACCGGGACCUCUCCUUGCUUGUGAAGGAGAAACUUGGCCCAAUCGAUCCAUACUUCCAGAAACUUUCUGAUGAAAUGGUGACCUGGAUCGAGGCCUGGGAAGAGCUCAACCCUGCUGCAAAAUGAGCUUCGUCAAGUUUUCAGCUCAUUUAAACAUACAAGAAAAACGCUAUAUGUUUCAUUUCUGUCAUCUCUUUCAAUUUGCUGCUUCUUGCCAUAUUUAUUGUUCUGCUGCUCUGCUUGUUUAUCGACUUGCUUAGCUUCCUUGUAUCCUUUCUUUGCGCCUCCGGCUAUAGAAUGUACUACUACUGUAUACCGAGAUACUUGUCAUUUUGACGCCAUUAUCACCUAUAAUAAACUGGAAUGUUCCUAUUUAUGUUCUACAUCUGUCGUUGUAGUCGGACUUUGUGUGGAACAUUUCCAUCUUCUAAGCAAAUUAUUUGGCAAUUCAGUAUCUCCACCACAAGAUGUCCCGUGUCAACAGGUUUAACACUCUUGAAAUCUUGAUAAACAUGAGUGAACCUUAAAGAAACCAUCACCAUCCAUCCCAUUGUCGACAUUGUUAAUUCACACUGUUGCAGGUUUUUUGUUUUCUUUCAUAUACUAAACGGACACGAAGGCAAUCGUACUAAUUUGCAAUAACUGCAUAUAUCCGAAACCUUACCUGCUAAGAAACAGAUGAGGCAGCAUGGUCAUUAAUGUGGAUUAUCACUGGUAGGACUAGGACCAUACUCCAUAACCAUUUAUGCCAGAUAAAACAACACUUACUGGUACAUCGUGGAGCACAGCGGUGGAGCCUAAUAUGGGCUAUAACUCUUCUUAAUUUUUAUCUAGGGUUAUAAUUUGUGUAUUGAUAUUUCGAGAAACACAUUAGAAAGUGGUAAUAGCCCUCCUCUAACACUUUAGUUCAGAUUUAAUCAUGAAAAGUUGCUGCAGUUUGUCAUUUUCAGCCCCUCGCUUUAAUUCCUAACUUUGCUAUUGGCGGAUCACGUUGCAUGAAACGAAUAAUUUCAAACCGAUAUAAAAAAAGUAAGUAGUUCGAAAAGGAGGCGGAAUCAUCAUUCAUGCUAGAUCAAUGCAUCUUAUAUCAUAUUGAAUUCAUAUAGGAAAUACAUUUAAAAAAAUCAAUAUGCGAAAUGUAUUUCACACGAAUAGUUCUACUACAAACGACAUAAUCCUUGUAAUGUCCGCUUACCAAUCACACACACUCAAACUACAUCUACUUCACAAAUAUUAGAAUGUACGAGCUCCGACUUUGUCUAUAGAUAUCACUAUGACAGACAGAGUAGUGUUAUUCAAGAGUUCAAGAACUAUACAAUUUACAAAUAAUCAAAUUCGAAGACUUUUUAAGUUAGAUUAUCGUAAUUUUUCUUUUGCAUAAUGAUUAUUUAAUUUGAAUAUUUUCUAUCAACUCGAGUAAUAAAUCAAUUUAUUGUUG